GGCGGCGCAUGCGCGGUGGCGCCUGGCUGGCUCCCGCUAGCGCAUCGCUGCCGCCGCUGACUGAGAGAAAGAGGGAGGGGAAGAAAAGGAGAGAAAGAAAAUAAAGGAGGAAGAGGAGGAUUGGAAGCGAAGGAAGAGGAAGACGAGGCGGGUGAAGCUUUAUGGCUGGUCUCUGGAAAUGGGAUGCCAUUCUCGUCUGGGGCUUGUAAAGAACAACCGUGGCCCGUUUCUCUUUCCCUGCUGCUGCUCCUGCUGCCCUCCUCCUCACCUUGAGCAGAAGUGAGACCAAGAGGCAGAGGGGGACAUGUCUGCCGUCGCCUCGGCCACCCAGGCCCCUCAGGGCCCUGCCAACCCACCGCCCCCUGAGGUGACCAACCCGGCCAAGCCCGGACGGAAGACCAACCAGCUCCAAUACAUGCAGAACGUCGUGGUGAAGACGCUGUGGAAGCACCAGUUUGCCUGGCCCUUCUACCAACCAGUUGACGCCAUUAAGCUCAACUUACCUGACUAUCACAAAAUCAUUAAAAACCCAAUGGACAUGGGGACGAUCAAGAAGCGGCUAGAGCACAACUAUUACUGGAGCGCCAGUGAAUGUAUGCAGGAUUUCAACACCAUGUUUACAAACUGUUACAUUUAUAACAAGCCAACGGACGACAUCGUCCUCAUGGCCCAGGCGUUGGAGAAGAUCUUCCUGCAGAAAGUGGCACAGAUGCCGCAAGAAGAAGUUGAGUUACUACCUCCGGUACCGAAAGGCAAAGCCCGCAAGGCAGCCACCACGGCACAUAACGCAGGAGCCCAGCAUCCGGCAACCACGGCCGUCUCUUCAGUGUCUCCGCCUGCCCCCUUCCAGAACGUCCCGCCCUCCGUCUCGCAGACGCCGGUCAUCGCUGUGACGCCCAUGCCAACCAUCACCCCAACCAUUGCCCCCAUCGCCACUCCCCCGGCCACCGUCCCCCCGCCACCACCGCCUCCCCCUCCUCCCGCCGCUCCCAUCAUGCCGGUCGUCCCUCCUACGCCACCCAUUGUCAAGAAAAAGGGGGUGAAGCGGAAAGCGGACACCACUACGCCCACCACGUCGGCCAUCACGGCCAGCCGGAGCGAGUCGCCCACGCCGCUCUUGGACGCCAAGCAGGCCAAAGUGGUGGCCCGGCGGGAGAGCGGCGGCCGGCCCAUCAAGCCCCCCAAGAAGGACCUGGAAGACGGGGAGAUCCCGCAACACGCCGGCAAGAAGGGCAAGCUCUCGGAGCACCUCAAAUACUGCGACAGUAUCCUGAAGGAGAUGCUCUCCAAGAAGCACGCGGCGUACGCCUGGCCCUUCUACAAGCCGGUUGACGCCGAGGCCCUGGAGCUCCACGACUACCACGAUAUCAUCAAGCACCCGAUGGAUCUCAGUACUGUGAAAAAAAAAAUGGACAGCCGAGAAUAUCAAGACGCCCAGGGUUUUGCGGCAGAUAUUCGGUUAAUGUUCUCUAAUUGUUACAAGUACAACCCACCCGACCAUGAAGUCGUGGCCAUGGCGAGGAAGCUUCAGGACGUCUUCGAGAUGAGGUUUGCCAAGAUGCCGGAUGAGCCGGCAGAGCCCCCGCCUCCUCCGCCUCCAGCGGCGCCGGUUGUGAGCAAAAGCAUGGAGAGCAGCCACAGCAGCGAAGAGAGCUCCUCGGAUUCGGACAGUUCGGACUCGGAAGAGGAGCGGGCCACCCGCCUAGCCGAACUCCAGGAGCAGGACUGUUCCCGGUCAGUGAGGCAGUGCUACAAGGUCAAUGACUCCCGAGACUGGAAUGGAUGGAAUCUGAAGGCCGUCCACGAGCAGCUGGCCGCCCUGUCGCAGGCCCCGGUGAACAAGCCCAAGAAGAAGAAGGAGAAGAAGGAGAAAGAGAAGAAGAAGAAGGACAAGGAGAAAGAGAAGGAGAAGGAGAAGCACAAAGUGAAGGCGGCGGUGGAGGAGGAGAAGAAAGCCAAGGUGGCCCCGCCGGCAAAGCAGGCCCAGCAGAAGAAAGCGCCGGCCAAGAAGGCCAACAGCACCACCACGGCCAACAGGCAGCCGAAAAAGGGAGGGAAGCAGCCGCCGGCCACCUACGACUCCAACGAGGAGGAGGAAGGCCUGCCCAUGACCUACGACGAGAAGCGCCAGCUCAGCCUGGACAUCAACCGCUUGCCGGGCGAGAAGCUGGGCCGGGUGGUGCACAUCAUCCAGUCGCGGGAGCCCUCGCUCCGGGACUCCAACCCGGAUGAGAUCGAGAUCGAUUUUGAGACCUUGAAGCCCACCACGUUGCGAGAGCUGGAGAGAUACGUCAAGUCCUGUUUGCAGAAGAAGCAGCGGAAGCCCUUUUCAGCAAGCGGGAAGAAGCAAGCGGCAAAGUCCAAGGAGGAGAUGGCUCAGGAAAAAAAGAAAGAACUGGAGAAGCGGUUGCAGGACGUCAGCGGGCAGCUGAACAACAACAAGAAGCCUGCGAAAAAGGAAAAAUCCGGCUCCGCGCCCUCCGGAGGACCCUCCCGCCUCAGCAGCAGCAGCUCCUCCGAAUCGGGGAGCAGCAGUUCCAGCGAAUCCAGUUCUGAUAGCAGUGAUUCGGAGUAAACACACACAAAAAAACCCUACGGACUCUUUGGACAACGCACCUGGAGCAGCAAAUGGAUCUCUCGCCGACACCUCACCCCCGAAACUUUGCAACGUUCCUCCCGUCUCUUUUUAUUUUCCUUUUCAAAAAGAAGACGUCAACGACGUCGACAACAGUCUGCGCUGGUUCCGUCUCGACACUUUUUUCCACCCUUUUAAAACCCUCUUUUUUAAAAAACCCCAGUGUUAUAUACAUACACACAUAUAUAUAUAUACAAUAUAUAUAUAAAAGAUGCUUUCCUAAAUUAAUUUCCUCCACGAUUUUAUUAGGUUUGUGUCCACAUGUCCGACUCGACAAGUUCUUCACUUCACUUCAAACUUUUGAAAACGAGAAAGCAGGACAUUUUCGCUCACGGAAGGAAGAGAUACUGAAUGUGAGAGAACUGGAGAAACAACGUUUGCGAGGUGUAAUCUUGGGGCAGAGGGUUUUUUGUUUGUUUGUUUUGGGGGAUUUGGGGGGUCAUUCUUUUCCAGGAAAAUCCUCUUUUUAACGCCGCUCCCCAAACUGUCUCGUCUCUCGACGACACGAAGCAGAGGACGGGGAGAUUUUUUUAAUCAAAACUCAAAAGAGACGAAAAGACUCUUUGUAAAAUGGUACUGUACCCGAACAAUUUGUUAGCUUUUGAAGUAGUUGGAUGUAUUUGUUCUUAGCGCUAGCAGGCCGAACCUCCCUGAUCUGCUCCUUACCAAAAAAAAAGGAGCCAUGGAAAAAGAUAUUUUAAACAGACUUGUAAAGGGGAUCGGGCGCCGUGUCUACAUUGUGACGAAGAUCAUCAACCAGAAAGCUCAUGUACUGUGGAUUUUUUAAAUUUUUAACGUACCUUUUUAGAGAACCCUUUUAUCUUUUGAAACAAAACAAAAAAUUAGUCCGGAGAUCUUAUUCCGACAAAGUUCUCAAACAGUUGGCAAAUGUUGCUCGACAUGAAUUUGAACGGAUGGUACAUAGACUUGGAAGAGCAAUUAGAAGCUGGAAGUACGCGUCCAUAAGGUCUAGAAAUUAUCCUCAUACUCAGAACGAAUGGUACAUAGACUUGGAAGAACAAUUAGAAGUUAAAAAUACGUGUCCUUCAAGUCUAUGAAUGAUCCUCAUGCUCAGAACGGAUAGUAUAUAGACUUGGAAGAACAAUUAGAAGUUGAAAAUACGCGUCCUUCAGGUCUACGAAUGAUCCUCAUGCUCAGAACGGAUGGUGUAUAGACUUGGAAGAGCAAUUAGAAGGUCCUUCAGGUCUACGAAUGAUCCUCAUGCUCAGAACGGAUGUUACAUAGACUUAGAAGAGCAAUUAGAAGGUCCUUCAGGUCUACAAAUGAUCCUCAUGCUCAGAACGGAUGUUACAUAGACUUGGAAGAGCAAUUAGAAGGUCCUUCAGGUCUACGAAUGAUCCUCAUGCUCAGAACGGAUGUUACAUAGACUUGGAAGAGCAAUUAGAAGGUCCUUCAGGUCUACGAAUGAUCCUCAUGCUCAGAACGGAUGGUGUAUAGACUUGGAAGAGCAAUUAGAAGGUCCUUCAGGUCUACGAAUGACCCUCAUGCUCAGAAAGGAUGGUAUAUAGACUUGGAAGAGCAAUUAGAAACUGGAAGUACGCGUCCAUAAGGUCUAGAAAUUAUCCUCAUUCUCAGUGAGAACGGGUGGUACAUAGACUUGGAAGAGCAAUUAGAAGUUGAAAAUACACGUCCUUGAGGUCUAGGAAUGAUCCUCAUUCUCGGUGGGAUGUUUUGCCUUUAAAGUCCCCUUUAAAACGGGAAAGAUGGGCCUUAUUUGGGUUGGAAUUCCUUCUUGCUCUGCCCUCCGAACCUUAAUGAUGUUGAGCAAAGGUUGGCAAAUCCUCGGAGCAUUCGGUGUUGCCGGUUUGCUUAUCUCCACGGCAUCGGCUUUUUCACAAAAUGGAAAAACAGCUGUCUUUUCGAUGUUCCUCCAAUUGGGAAGCUACACUGAAAUAAAUAGCGGUUAUAUCUGGAAUUGAUGGACCACGAUAAUUUCACGAUGGCCACCACAAUAUCCGUUCCCAAUGAAAAAUAUCGCCGAGAAACCCACAGAAAAGCAGACCUUUGGCACUUUGGAUAGAUGUUUUUUAAGCAUCUAACCAUCGAUCCAAGAUUUCUAGACGACAGAUUUAGGCUCGGGAUUAUAUAUCCAUAGCAGAUGAGAUCCGCUUCUGAUCGACCUUGAUUUAACCGCGAUUCACUAUGGUCACCAUAAUAUCCGUUCCCGAUGAAAAAUGUCGCCGAGAAACCCACAGAAAAGCAGACCUUUGGCGCUUUGGAUAGAUGUUUUUAAAGCAUCUAACCAUCGAUCCAAGAUUUCUAGACGACAGAUUUAGGCUCGGGAUUAUAUAUCCAUAACAGAUGAGAUCCGCUUCUGAUCGACCUUGAUUUAACCGCGAUUCUAUAGGAAAGCCGUCAUUAGAUUUAGGCCCCAAAUUUUGUACCGAACAAAAGUUUUAUAGAAGAGCAGCCCUGUUGAACUUUAGGUAAAUAGGGUAAAUGUUGAUUUGCAAGCAAAGGUUUUCUACCGAAUGACGGUCCCAUACUUUUAAAUAUUAAUGCAACCAUCCAACUGUUGAUUCUUCUGUCAUUGGAUUUCGGCCCGCGAUUUUAUCCCAAUCUUUAGAUUUGUAGUCUUUUUUAGCAUUGCAUUCCGGACUUGUGUUUUCAAGACCACCAGCAAGGCUCCGAAAACAAAGAAAAGGAAUAAAAAUACAUCCCGGAGGCCAAAUACGAGAUGAGCCACUGAUCUAUCUAUAUAUCUAUAUAUCUAUAUUUUUUAGUUCUUCUUUUAUCUCGUUUUUAACAGCGCGGAAGCUCUUAGGACAGAAAGCGAAAUGGUGUGUCUUUCGAGUGCAGGUUUCCAAAAGAAAACCUUUUACCUCAUAUGAAAAAAAAAUUUUAAAAAGAAACACGGCGGGAAGGGAAAUAGAGGAAAUACUUUUUUGGGGGGGGGGGGGGUAAGGUUCAUUGGGUUUUUUUAGAAGCUCUUUUUUUCCUCGCCUGCAGACCUGCGCUUUGGCAAAAAAAGACACACGCCGGAAUUUGACGAUCCCUUGUUUCUUUUUUUUUUUCAUGUAUAUAGAAAUAACUUUAUUUAUUAACAUCAUUGGUCACUUAAAAAUCGUAUCCUGCAUUUUUGUGUUUUUUAAGGGAGCGACGGCAGAGCGAGAUAGGGAAGGAAAGAAAGAAAGAAAGAAAGGAAAAAAAUGCAGGUUUGUUGCUGGUUUUAGAACCGAACUCUAAAAACGAAUCGGGAGUCCUUUUUAUUAUUAUUUAAAUGUCUUUGACUUUUUAACCAACAGGUGCUACCGAUAUUUGCUAGUUUCCUGUGCCGGUGCUUACUCCUUGUAUGUGUAUUCAGUUUCUUUGUUUUGUUUUCUUUUUCGGGACGGGACGGGGGGGGGGGAUGUUUUUGCGGGGAAGGGUUGGUUUUGUUUGCUUUCCUUUUUGUACAGAUUUUGGACUUUACAGGUAUUGGUAACUUCCAGAUAAAGCAUGUUUUAUUUGUAUAUUCCUAGUCUCCUUCCACGUUGGUCUUUUUCUCUGUAUCUUGUUUUAAAAAAAAGUAGAACAGUUUGGAAAAAAAAAUAAAGGAACAAAGACCUG